AUGGCGUUUGUUACCAACUCCCACUACGGCAAUAGUACUACUGUGGACUCGGUCUCAAGCUUGCCGCAAGCAGACUUGAUUAGUGACACGUUCCGACGCAUUUACGUCAUCGUCAACUUCAACACUCUCAGCCUCGUUAUCAACUUCCUGGGCACCAUAGGCAACUUCAUCAACAUCGUUGUGUUCGCCCGGCAAGGCUUUUCCGACUCCGUUAACGUCAGUCUUUUCGGUCUCGCAGUUUCGGAUUUUCUCGGACUUGUAUCCCUGCAGUGGUUCAACAUCUGCUCCAACGAACUUUUCGCUGCUUCUGAUAUUCCUUUCGACUCUAUAGAGGUCCAGUACUUGACAUCCGGCUGGCCACAUGUGGCUUUUGCGAGAACCACGGCUUGGAUCACAGCCUUCAUCACGUUCGAGAGAUGUCUCUGUGUAACAAUGCCACUAAAGGUCAAGGUCAUCAUUACACCACGGCGUUGCGCUUACGUCAUUGUAGUUAUUUUUGUAACUGUCAUUGCCAGCAUAGUUCCUAUAUACUUUUCGACUUUUUUUGCUUGGAAAUUCUACCCAGACAGGAACAGAACACUUUUAGGAAUCGCUUUUGUUGAAAAUCGCGUGGAAAUAGAGAGUAUAGCUAUCCCAAUAAACGGCAGUGUUAUUCCGUGGUCUGCGUUCAUCGUCGUCAUUGUCUGCACUUCCGUUCUGGUCUAUAGUCUAAAUAGUAAAACAAAAUGGCGGAACAAAGCUACUUUCGGCGUCACUAACUUAUCUGAAACGGAAAACGCAAACAGCACCAAAUCAACGGCAGGAGCCUCAGUUCGAGACAGGCGUGUUGUUAAAAUGGUGGUUCUGAUUUCCAUCAUUUUCAUCACGAGCUUCAUGCCUUUCACAGUCUGCUUCAUGUGGUCCGCCAUAGAGCCAGAGUUCAGUGUCGUGGGCCGUUUUCAGAACACCUUCUGGGUGGCGGUAGGCGUCGCGCUCAUUAUGGAGACCAUCAACUCUUCUGUGAACCUCAUUCUCUACUAUCGCAUGAGCAGUCGAUACAGGGAGACGUUUCGGCAACUUUUCCGCUUGAAAUCUGUAGAAUGA